AUGGAUAAGGAAAGUUAAAUCAUCAAGUAAUAAGUGGUUUAUGAAGGAAAGUGGAUCAAGGUAUUAAAAAAGGAUUUUUCGAUAGGAGACAAAGUAAUUAAAGAAUAUGAGUGUGUUGAAAGAAAUAAAUCUGAUAAGGUAUUUAAAGAAUUCGAUGGAGUUUCGAUGGCACCUAUACUCUAUAAUACUCCUACAGGAAUUAAGUAGAUAAUUAUAAUUGCUUAAUUUAGACCUCCUGCUGGCAAAUUUAUGUUAGAAUUUCCUGCGGGACUAGUUGAAAGCGAUAACUUAUUUGAAAAUGCAGAGAGAGAAUUGAAGGAAGAAACUGGUUAUUAUAUGGAUAAAUAAAGUUAAAUUGAAGAAUUAUCUUUUCCAAAUAUACCUAUUUCUGUAGAUGAUCCUGGUUUAUGCAGUGGAUCAGGCAAAUUUAUCGUUGUUAAAGUAGACUACAAAGACAUUAGAAAUUAAAAAAUAACACAAGAAUUGGAUGAGGCUGAAAAUAUUCGAGUCCAUUUAGUAAACUUGGAUAGUUAAUUACUAAGUUCUCUUAUUUAGCUUGCAGAAAAUAAUGGUUAUUGGAUUUCUACAAAGCUUUACACUUUUGCUGCUGGAUUUUGCUUUUCUCAAAUUGCUUCUAAGUUUUGA